GCUUCAGUCUUCCCCUGAAUGAAUCGGUUAGGAAACAUCCAUCACAGCCGUAUUUUGGCUCAAAUGGAGUCGAAAUGACCGUACGUUAUAUGCGUGUAUCUGGUCGUGAUCGCGGGCAGAGCGGAGUCGGAAAGGUCCUACUUGGAGAAUGCCUCGAGCGGCGUCUGCCUGAUCCGGACAUUAUGAGAAAGUUCCAAGUGGAUCGGGGCGCUAUCAAGUUUGUACUUUCUGGGGCCAAUAUCAUGUGCCCAGGAAUGACAUCCCCAGGUGGUGUGCUUGAUGACAGUGUGCCUGCAGAACAGCCAGUGGCUAUUAUGGCAGAGGGAAAGCAGCAUGCUCUUGCGAUUGGCUACACCAAACUUUCAGCUGUAGACAUUCGGAGUGUCAAUAAAGGUGUGGGAGUAGAGAACGUACACUACUUAAACGACGGCCUUUGGAAGCGAGAUGCCGAUGUCAGCAACAUGCCAGACCAUAGCCUGGGCUAUGGUGGUCAAGCCACAUCCCGCUAGGUGGACGAUGGUAAGUCUGAACUCCGAGGUACCACCGGGCCUACAGUAGCUCAGUCGGUACACCCAUGCACUGUUGAAAUAUACACCCAAGUUCCAAUCCAGAUACCUUCAGAUGAGCAGAAUAAAUAUAAUCAUUGUGA